AUGAAAAAGACUGGUAAAUUGAGGGUUGACAUUGUCAAAACCUCAAAGUCUAAAGAAUUAGCACCCUACGACAGUGACUGGUAUUAUACCAGAUGUGCAUCUAUUGCACGUCACAUCUACAUCAGGAGCCCAGUUGGUGUGGGUACUGUUACUAAGAUCUACGGAGACAGAAAGAGGAAUGGUACCAAACCUUCUCAUUUCUGCCGAUCUGCCAAGGGCAUCGCCAGAAAAGCCCUUCAAAGUUUAGAAGCCUUGAAAAUCAUUGAGGCUGUCCCUGAGGGAGAGAAUUGCUGCUCAAGUCAAAGCCUCUGA